AUGGAAGCAGGGCGCGCGGGCGGAGCAGGCAGCAGGGCGCGGGGGGCGUGGGGCAGCAGGGCGCGCAGGGCAGCAGGACGCGCGGGGCGCGUAGGGCAGCAGGGCGCACAGGGCGCGCGGGCAGCAGGGCGUGCGGGGUUUGCAGGGCAGCAGGGCGCGCUGGGCGCAUGGGCAGCAGGGCGCGACGCACGGGGCGCGGUGCAGCAGGGCGCGCGGGGCACGCAGGCAGCAGGGCGCGCGGGGCGCGCGGGCAGCAGGAUGCAGGGGCCACACAUGGCAACAGGAAGCACGGGGCGCACAGGGCAGCAGGACGAGCGGGGCGCGCGGGCAGCAGGGCGCAUGGGGCGCGUUGGGCAGCAGGACGCGCGGGACGCGGGGCACCAUGGCGCGAGGGGCAUGAUUUAG